UCAACUUUUCGCUGUUAAAAAAGAAUGAACUGUAAUUAAAGUUUAUAAGAAAAUUCAUUAAUUGAUUUACACAGUUUCAAUUAUACUUUCAAUUAUUAAUCAAAAAUUAUGCUUUACACAAAACCACUUCCAAGCGCUACCGAUGAGUUGUUUGAACGCAGCAAGCGGAUGGUAAUUCAUGUUUCUACAAAUGGAAAAUUCAUACCGUUAAAAUGGAAUUGGCCUGAAACUUGGAUCUCAGUGCCGGCUGUAUUCAAGGACAAUUUUUCAAGUAUUUACGAUUUUGAAGUGAGGAAUGAUGACGUCUUUAUUGUAACAUUUCCGAAAUCGGGUACAACAUGGUUGCAGGAGGCCUCUUGGUUGUUAUUAAAUAAACUGGACUAUGAGGAAGCAAAGAGGCGGCAUCUGUUGGAACGUAGCGUUUUUAUGGACAUAAGUACGCUGUAUGGUGAGAAAACUAAUAAAGGAGAUAGCGUAGCCAAAGCAGCGGAGCUGAAGUCGCCACGUUGCAUAAAAUCUCAUUUGCCUGCGCAUUUGUUGCCACGUCAAAUUUGGCAAAAGAAAGUGAAGCUAAUUUAUUGCGCGCGCAAUCCCAAGGAUGUUGUGCUCUCCUACGGUCACUUCCUGCGCGGCAAAGGCGCCUACAACGGUAGCAUGGAGGAAUUCAUCGAUGAUUUCUUAAAUGCUGAAACACUUUACUCACCCUACUGGAUUCAUGUCUACACUAUGUGGCAAAUGCGCGCUGAGCCCAAUAUAUUCUUCACCACCUAUGAGGAGAUGAAACAAAAUUUGAGGGGUGUCGUUGAGCGGUUGAAUGAGUUUCUCGAGCAACCGCCGUUGAGUGAAGCGCAGAUGGAGAAACUAUUGAACCACUUAUCGUUUGAAAGUAUGAAAGCGAAUCAACAGGUGAACCCCACGGAAGUGAUCAAAAAAUCUGGUCGGCCAGGAGCUGAUUUCCAAUUUAUGCGUCGCGGCAUUGUUGGCAGCUACAAAGAUGAGUUGUCGGUGAGAAAUAAGCAGCGCAUAAAUGAGUGGUCCGAGCAAUACUUAAAUAAAUUCAAUAUUAAGAUGAGUGAUAUUUUUAGCGAUUUUUAAUCGUAACGUGUGAUUUUUCAACCAAUUUAAUAAAAAAAAACUCUGCCAGUGGUAGGAAUUUAA